AUGGAGAUCAAGAGGUGGCUGCUUGGGAGCCUGGACUGCAGAUUGCCCAUCCUCGGUCUUGGCUCACCGCGGAUGGCUCAAGUUGUGAACACCGAUGUCACUAGCAAGCAAUCCCGUCCUCCCGGGGAGCUCGUCGCCGGAGCCGGCCAGCACCACGCCGGUGAGCUCGUCAGGGCCGUCCAGCUCUGGCCGUGGCCGGCGGGAAGCAGCAGCCGCGGCGGGCUAGAACCGCCCGAGCUCCCUGGCUGCUCCCCGCCCGAGAUCAAGCUCGCGGCCAGCGGCGGGGCGGCUGCUCGUGGCCAGCGGCGGCGCGGACCUAAGCAGGCGGUGGCCGUGGCUGUGCCGGCCGUGGUGGUGGCCGGCCCGGAGGCGCUCCCCAUGGCAUGGUGGUGGUCGGCCCUGGUGGCAGCGGCUCUGGUUGCGCCGGCCGUGGUGGUGGCCGGCCCGGAGGCGCUCGCCAUGGCGUGGUGGUGGCCGGACCAGGCGGCCAUGGCUCCGCUGGCCGUGGCGCUCGGGAUUUUUGAGUUUUUAGUUCCUAGAGCAAGUAUUGAGAAUGCAAGUGCUGUGCAGCCGGAAUCAGAAAAAGACCCUCCUAUUCAUGUUGCUAACAAUAGUGAGUUUAAUCCAGACGAAAUUCAAUCUGAUCCCGCACUGAAAAAACAAAUUGCUGAAUAUGCACCACAAAUUCAAGACCAAGUUAGGAGGGCAUACAUAUUAAAGGGUCGAACCAAACCAGUAUUAGAAUUUCGCCGAACGGAUUCAAGAGCAUUUUCUAAGUCAUGGUAUGGAAAGUAUAACUGGAUAGAAUAUAGAGUCCGAGGAUGCAGCUUUUGUUUCUAUUGUUUCUUGUUGAAGCAACCUGGAACGGCUGAACACUUUGGGUUUGAAGUCUUCACCAAAACAGGUUUUAGGGACUGGAAACAUGCAUAUAGAGCCUUACCUGAGCAUGUAGGUGGUCUGAAUAGUGGUCACAACAAUUGUGUUCGGCAUUAUGAUGAUUUCAAAAAUCAAAGACAAAGUGUGUCAACCAAGUUCGCUUGUGGAACUGUGGAAUCUCACAGAUUAUAUAAGAUCCGCUUGACUUCUUCUCUAGAGUGUGUAAGGUAUCUCAUAGCACAAGGUUUGUCAUUCCGUGGCCAUGACGAUUCUACUACUUCUUCGAACAAGGGAAACUUUCUAGAGAUGAUAGAUUGGUUAAAGGAUAGCAAUGAAGAAGUAAGUGAUGCUUUUGAUUGUGGUGGAGAAAACUGCAAGAUGACUUCCGGUGAAAUACAAAAGGACCUUGCAAGGUGUUCUGCAGAAGAAGUCACUGAAGUGCUUAUGGGGGAGCUUGGUGCUAAAAAGUUCUUUGUUCUUAUUGAUGAGUCACGCGAUAUAUCGGUGAAAGAACUUCCAUUCGAUAUUGGCCAAGUAAUGGCAGUGAUGUUGAGUUUUUGUAGGGAUGUGAAUGAAGGGAAGGUUUCACUGAAAUUAGCUCUUGUAAAGCUUCUUGAUCAUUACAAAUUAUCAAUUUCAAGGCUACGAGGGAAAGGAUAUGACGGUGCUUCAAACAUGAGAGGUGAAUUUAACGGUUUGCAAAGAAAAAUUCUCGACGAAAACCCUCAUGCUUUCUACGUCCAUUGCUUUGCCCAUAGAUUACAGUUGGUUGUGGUCGCUGUUGCUAGUUCUUCUUGCUCAUAUAUUCAUGAUUCUUUUGAGUACAUAUCAUUGAUUGUGACCACAGCAACUUCAUCUUGCAAGAAGAUGGAAGUGUUGGUGGAAGAAUCUCACAAUGAUAUUUUGGAAAGGCUUGAGAGGGGUGAGAUAUCUACAGGAAGUGGCUUGAAUCAACAGACUAGUCUUGCUAGACCUGGAGAUACUAGAUGGGGUUCACAUCAUAAAACUUUGCUUCACUUGGACCAAAUGUGGGCCUCUGUAAUAAAAGUUCUUAGCACGGUUGAUGCAAAUUGGCGUAAUCCGAGCCAUGCUGCGGGUUGCAUAGAAAAAAUGGAGUGCUUCAAAUUUGCUCUCGUUUUGAAGUUUAUGCUAAAGUUGUUUGAUAUAACAAAUGAGCUCUCACAACUUUUGCAAAGAAGGGUUACAAAUAUUGUGCUUGCCUUGGAAUUAAUUCAUGAUGUUAAACUCCGGUUGGCUACCAUGAGAGAUAGUGGUUGGGAGAGUAUUUUUGAUGAGGUCAAACAAUUCUGCAAUUCCAAAGGUAUUCCAGUGCCAAAUAUGGAUGAUGAAAUACCAGUUCAAGGUCGCUCGAGGCUAGAGGGAAGGACUAUCACUAAUCUUCAUUAUUAUCGGGCUGAGAUUUUCUAUGUCGUUGUUGACAAAAUAUGUGUUGAGAUGAAUCAUCGCUUCAGUGACUCAAACCAAGAGGUAAUUGCAUGUUUAUUGUGUCUUGAUCCCAAGAAUUCUUUCUCCAAGUUUGAUGUACAAAAGCUUUCUCGGCUUGCUGAAAUAUAUAGUCCCGAUUUCUCAAGUAGUGAUCGUACAGUAUUGAGGGACCAACUUGAGACUUUUGUUCUUCAUUUGAGAAAUCAUGCUGAAUUUUCUACUUGCAAAGAUGUUGAAAGUUUAGCUACAAAAAUGGUUGAAACAGAGAAACAUUUGGUCUUUCCAUUGGUUUACAAGCUCAUUGAGUUAGCUUUGCUACUGCCGGUGUCCACAGCAUCUGUUGAGAGAGCUUUCUCGGCAAUGAAAAUUAUCAAGUCUAAACUGCGCAACACGAUCAAUGAUGAUUGGUUUAAUCACUUGACGAUAUGCUACACUGAACGUGAAAUAUUUAAAUCACUCGAUGAUGAAGUUAUCACUCGAAGGUUUCAGGCCAUGAAGGCUCGAAAAGGGAUUUUACCGAGGGUCUCUUUUUGGGUGCUUGAUUGGACAUUUGGAUAUCAACCGGUUCUGUUAGACAGUUUGCAGUCCGCCUCGGCUCCUAAUUUUUCCUGGCUCCGCCACUGGGUCUUGGCAUCAAGCCAAGAACUAGGUUUUCACCCGGAUCCGCUCGAAGAACCUCCAUCAAGCAUCGUGUGCACGGGUCACCGCCGAUCUGAGCCGCCGCACAUCGAGCAGGCCGCAUCGGCCAGAUCAUAUCUGUCCGAUGGGCAAACAACGCAUGGCGCCGACCCAACUACCAGGUCCUCCAUGCCGCCACCGCCGAUCCGAGGUCAGAUGGUCCGUCGCCGCAGACCCGGCCGCCGCCGACGAACGCAGCCAAGGCCGAUGCCCGAAGUAGGGCCGGCCGCCGCACCCGCCACCAUCGCCGCCGAAGGCCGAGGCGGCCGCCACGCCACCAAGGCCAGAUCGGCCGUGCCACCAGACGCCGCGGGGCUCCGCACCGCCCCCAUGGCGCUGGUGAGAGGGAAGGCCCCCGCCACCGCCGUCAGCCCCCGGGCUAUAGGCCGGCGGCGUCCUUCGGCGGCGGCGGAGGGAGGGAUGGAAGGACGGGGAGCCCCGGGCAGCUAG